AGUGUUGGAGGUGCGCGUGCACCAGUGGUUGCAGAAUAAGCCAGGUGGUGGCGCCGCGGUCGCUUUCCCGGCAGGCCACGGGGCGGGUCGAUAGAUCGCGCGGGCUCCUCCGCACGGGAGAAGUGCGCGUCCGCGCGGAUGCGAGCAGCGCAGCAUCGGGAGACGACGACGACAGCCAGCAUGGCGGCCGCCGUCGCUGCAUCUUCCCUCAGGCACCGACGGUGAAGGGUGCAGGAGGCGGAGGGGCCACAGCGCCACGCUGGGCGCAGCAAGACACAAGUAGGGACCCAAGCACCGAGGCGACCGGCUCACAGUCACCAUGAUAUCGGCGAUGCCAGCGGUUGCCGUGCGCCGCGAGCGGCGGCGCAGCAAGAGCGGCCGGGGUCUGGGCUCGCGCCAGGGCAGCGUCGCCUCGCUGCCGCACCGGCCCGACAGCCUGUCGACGCUCAACUCGCAGCCCAACGGGGGGGCGGCGGCGCGGCGGUGGCGGGAGCGCGGUGGCACCAUCCAGGAGCAGCGAGCCCGCGUGCUCAUAUACUUGGCCACCUUGCUCCUGGUGGCCGGACUGAUCCUGCUCUUUAUCGGCGUGGGGGGCAGCAUGACACACACGCGGACCGUGGGACUGCUCUUCAUCGCCGUCGGCGCGCUCCUGUGUCUCGUCAAGCUGUUCAUCACUCCCGAGCACCACCAAACCAUCGUGCGCAGAGCACGGCUGGUGUCUUCGCGUGAAUCCCUGUACGUGGCGCCGGCCGUCAAGAGCGUGCCCGAGGAGACCCUAGAGCAGGUGCGCCGAGAGACACAGGAGCAGGCGGCCGGAGCCACUGCGGCGGCGACGACGACGACCAGCCCCCGGAUGGACGCACGGCACCCGCCCCUGCAGCCGCACAACAGCAACAGCGGAAGCAGUCCCGCACACAGCCUGCACGCGGCCGAGACGCAAGGACUCAUAUCCGAACGGGGUGUGCCGCUGGCUGACGGCCGCUUUUGAGCGCCGCCCGCGCAUGGUUACGCUGGCUCGCGCGCUGCGGGCAGCGUGGACGUACUGCCUGAACCCCACCGAUACGCACGCGCGCGCGCGCCGACCACCUCUCGCCCAACUUUCGACACCGGAAAAUUUCAAGCCGACACCUUUUGAUGAACCGUGACACACGAGAAUUAUUGUCCCAGGAAGGAACUUCACGUGUGGGGGCGUUCGACAGUGUGGCGAUGUACGGCAAGCAUCGAUAAGGCAAUGUUUUGGUGUUGGCCAGAUGUCGUGCCGUCGAGUCCUGGAGCAGUGCGACUGGCGCAUGAUCAGUCUCUCGACCCUGUUCGGUGCGCAUGCCCUCUUUGUGAGCUUGAAGAUAAAAUCUAGGAUCAAAGUGCGUGGGAGAAAUGCUUACUACGAGUUACAUAUGGUACUAAUAGCAAGUUUUCUCCAGCUUUGAACCGCGUAUCAACAUUACCUGGUGAACCUGGAAGGUUGCACAUGUUGUCCUUGGGGUGGUAUUCGGUAAGUGUCCGCCUAGUGGACAUGUACAUUUCCUCUGCUGCUGAAGUUCUGAUUGGCUGGACUGGGGUACGCGUCAGAAGGACACAGGCACCCCUAGCCAAUCAGCCCUUCAGCAGCAGAGGAAAUGGACAUGCCCACUAGGUGAGCACUUACAGAAUAUGCCCGCUGGAUCGGCCAGUUGGCUUCAUCCAGGGCCGAAUGUCGCAGGAGAGACGUCGACUGCGGGUGAGAUGAGAGAGGAAAUGAUGAAGCAUGCGGGCUGCUUUAUGUAACGCGGGAAGUAGAGAAUGCGACGAAAGUAUGUGCGAGUGCUCGCAUAUCAAUGUGUUUCCGUGGAGCUUCUCUCAUACAGUGGCUGGUUGUAAGUUUCCAGUGCUUCGGCUCUGGAAGGGGUCAGGCAGCGUGUUCACUGAGACACGGCAGCGUUGUUAUUGUGCGUUUUGUAUAUAUGUAAAGAGCUUUGCGAAGCACCUGUGCGAACAGAGUAAACAUGGCGGCUGCAUUGAGUCAGAACUGAUUACGGAACUAGAGCGGCUUGAACACUUAUUGAGUAACAGGAGGAAAUGGCUGUAAUAUAGCGUGUGAUUUGUGCAGGGAGGAAGUGCUUUUGGCAAUUGAAGAGCUAUCCAAAUCGGCGUGCACGACGAGCUGAUUACAUAAAGCAGUUGGCGCGGGAGGUUCGACAGUCGAAGACCUGUGAAUGAUCCACCGUCUUGAUGCGUAUUGUGAUCAAUCAGUGCAUACGAUUCGGCCAGUCGGGAUGGGUUAUCACAUGCGAGGCACUCUAAAUCUAGGUGGUUUAAGCUGCAUUUAGCGCACCAUGAAUUGCUAUGACCGAAGGCUAUCAGUGGGAGCUAAAUUACGCCAACACAGAGUGUACUAUUGCCGUUUUAUAGUCCCCAGAAAAAAAAUAUUCUGGGAUGUCACUGUUUUGCUGAAUGCACCAACGUCUUCUGAUGUCCUUAUGAAUCUAUACACUGGUAGAGCGUAAUAAUCAAGGUUGCACUUUGAAGUGAACGAGGCCACUGCACAUGCUUCAUCAAAGUAACGUGGUAAGUGGUCCUGCUUGGUGAACAUCACGAGUGAGCGAGGCGCUGAGAAAGCACUUGAAACUUCUUCGGAAGGAAUGCCGUUCAUUUUUUCUGGUCAGAUUUCUUAAUGGGGGUAAAUGUACAGUGCUCAUACUGGCUUGUUGUGCCAGGGAUAUCGCCGACGUUAAGUGAAUGACGCAUGGAGAAAGCACCAGGUGGCAGUUUUCGGCUUCUAAUAUUUAAAGGCCUUUUCGCUAUUAUUAGAAACAUUUCAGCAACCUUCUAUGUGCAUCGGGGAGGUGAGCCCGUUUGGGAUGUAUGUUGGAACGACAGUAGUGUGCUGAAUUGGGCUGCUUGGUUCAUGACAAAGGGAGUAAAAACAGCGCGAACGACAAGCAGAAAGCAGAGACAACGUACAUAGCGCUGUGUUUGAUAUGUGCAACACCCAGACAUUCGCGUAGAAUCGCACUUGUCCCCAAGCCUGAGAGUGAAGGAUACAACGUAUCUUGCUUGCAUGUGCCACGGACGGGGAUAGCCCUCCAAAGAGGCGUAAGACGGUAGGAGACAGGCAAGAAUUCUCGAGGGAAUUCGCGUAGAGACGUGUUUUGCAGGAAGCAUCUCAGUAGUGUGUACGUCGUCUUUGAUUUAGUUCUGUCCUUCGCGCUGUUUUUACCCCCUUUGUCGGAACGAAUAUUGAAAGCAUAGAAUUUUGACGGUUUGUCAGAGGAAGGCGUUCCAUCUUCGGUGACAGUAGCACUACAGAGCACCAUGCCACUACAGAGCACCGCAAGCGGUGUUUAUCUUAUUUGGGUAGCUUUCGCUCGGCUAGCUCAGUACGUGCUGCAAAUCAAAAAGUGAGAAACCAUGAGAUCACUAGUACUGCAUGGUAAGAGUUGGCAACAAUUUGCCCCAUUCACCAAAGUUCGCUUGCACGACAGCGUUUGCUUAUACGCCAAUACUCUGACUCUUAUCGCGAAUGAUAACAUCAAGCGGGAUGGUAGGAUAUACACAUAAACAUGCAAGUUAGCGCUGAAGAAGUUAGGAUAACCACAAGGCUUACAUGCUGAGCGAGAUGUUGUGCGUGAAGAAAUUGAAGAAAAUAAUAAUAUUGUAUUGUAGAAAUAUGAAAGUAAGUAGAGUAAAAAAGUGGAAUGCAAAAGACUAUUCAAGCAAAGUGACAUGCGAGCACACGAAAAUUUACAGGUCAAGGAUAAAGCCUAUGUCGCGUUAAAAAGCCGGAGCCACUUCUGUCGCGCACAAAUCUGACACAGCGCGCUGAAUCUAUAUCAUCAUCUUGCCGUGGAAUGCGUGCAUACAGACGCAAGCUCAACAAAUCCUUGAGUUCAUUUUGUGAAGCUGUGAAUGAAGCUACUGCCCCAGUGAUGGUCAAUAUUUGACUGCACUGAGGUAAGAAAAUGUUUGUGUACACUGGUGCGGGCAGUCUUGCUACUGUUUUUGAGUUCUGUUCUUAGGAAAUCAGCUGAGUAGGACUUAUGACAAACUAAAAGUCGUUGCUACUUGCUGUCCUGCAUGCAACACGACUGCGCUAGGUGCGCAAAAAAAGGUUAUUCGGGUCUGUGCAGGCACACAAUUGAAGCAUAAAUAAAAUGUGGCGAAGGUGAUGGUAACCAAAUUCUUGUCUGUGCCGAAUGAAGGUCGUUUUCAUUCUACGACGCUUCACUUCUAACGCCCAUAUAAAGCAGAUUUGACGGCUUGUGGUUUUGGUCGGGCGAAAGCGCAGCGUUAGCUUUGAUGAUGCUUUCACAGAAACUUCGAUGUAUAAUCACUGUGGUAUAACUUACGUGCUCGCAUUUUCUCCAAAUAUGAAAUGGUGCUGUUCAUUGUUUCACUGAAAUGACCAAGUCUCUAGGCGAAGGCACUUUUGCCAAGUUUUUUAAUAUUAUUCUGACAUUAGAAAGGCUUUAUUUGUAAAAUACUUUCCGAGAACAAAAAUUCAUACUUUGGUUAGUGCUCGAGAUGUUAGCUAGAAUGUACAGAUACCUGCUACGAGUCCUUUUGCGGAUAACUUACAGCGUCCAAGGAAAUUCUUUGCAACAAUUCUUUUGUGAACACAAUUGAGUCAUUUUAGGAGGUCCGUCAGGAGCAGCAUUGCUGCGAUCUGUUCCCUACGGGCCAGCAGACUAUCCUGCUAAUUAAGCAGCCUAUUUCUGCAAAAAUUACCCAUAAGCAGUACAAGUCUUCUCAGGCAAGGCUUUUCAAAGAUGUUUGAGUGAUCAGUCGACGCUCAAAUGAUAGUUGCCACGGAAGGUUAACCGAACGCUCGCCUUAUUUUGUUUAGCUAUCCUGAUGGAAGCUGGUAAUUUAGGCGCUUAGCGAAUAAAUAACUUUUGCUACGACUGCUAAGUAAACCGCAGCAGCUUUUCUGCGAAGUAUCAGUCGUAGAAAGGGCUUGAACGUCUUUGUAAUCUCUAUGUACACAGGGUUAAUGUGCUUUCUCAAUUCCCCCUGUUAACAUGUAAAACUCGUGCUUUUCAGACAAAGUGUACGUUUGUACGUUUCCUGUUGCUUGUCAUUGCGUGCCACUGCGCGUGCUGCUUAAUUUAGUAAAACGACGCAGGAAUGUUAAUGUCCACUAAACGAGCUUCCAAUGUGACUGCGCAUGUGGAACGCUUUUACAGAAGCAUCUAAUGCUCAACACUAGUUAGGCACCUGCAGCUAGCUUCCAGUAAAGUGCUACUCUUCCCCUAAGACAAAAGCAUUGUCCGCGUUACCUUGGCAACGAUGACAGCGGUAUUAUCUUCAAGUCUUGUGCACCACACGCAAACGGGUGAAUGUCCAAAACAUUCCAGGGAGUAUCUUGAUAUCUUGGGGCGUGCGAUGCGCAUAGGAGCUAUACUAAGCAAAGUAGGCAUAACUUCUACAGAUUUAGGCACUCAAGCUUCGAACCGCAUGAAACACGAGCGAAAGAUCAUCACCAAGUGUAGCCCCGGUGACACACCGACCACACACGCGAAGUUACUCGAGGUGAAAGUGGUGGCAUAACAGGGCGUAGGAACACACGGAACAAUGUAGCACCUACGUGUCAUUCCAUUACACAAUGAUGGGUUCGGGGCUUCUUGGCGCUGCGUGAUUCAUUCUUAGGUGCAAGGAAAAAGGUGCAAUGAUACAGACUGACAAAUACAAGCGGGAACAUAGUGCAGUUGUUUCUUUCGGGUACAUGAAAUUUGGGGUGCGCUGCUGCGGUGCCGGUACUGCCUUUCACGUUCUUAACUUUCUUUCCGCGGGAAGUGAACUUUAGUUCUAAUACAGCGCAUAUGUGUGUCUGUGCUUUUAUACUUCUUUCGUUCGCAGUAGGUAUCAUGCACACCAUUGUGUUGUAGCAAAAAUCGAGGCAACAAAGCACAAUGAUGCUGUGGUUCAAAGCGACCCAUUUCUCAUAAGUCAAAGCAGCGGUAUCGUUAUUUUACUGUUUGAUGUUGGGAACAAAAUUAUGAAGCUAAGCAAUGCAUUAAAUUGAAAUACAGGAAGAACUAAAGGGCCACUGGACGAGCUUCUCGAACAUAAUGAGGCCGUCAUGAAGUUUGACUUCCCUCUCCCUAAAUCCUUCUCCGGUCCUGAUGGCACAGCAUAUACACUAUUCUGUGCUAUUGAAGCAAACAUACGUGUCUAUAGUGCUGCUAUAUUGAAGAUUUUGAAACAACGUGUGUGAUAUUUUUUUUUUCAGUGUGGGGCUACGGAAGAUAUUGAAUUUAUUGUUUAACCACAAAUUUAUUGUUAUAACAUGAUGAUGAUAAGCGCACUGCAACCAAAACAAUAUCUAGGAGUGAAGGCCUUGUCGGUUCGUUAUACAGGGUCAUCAUCUUUAGGAUUUAUGGAAUUUUUAAAAAUAACCUCUUGCAGAUAAUUCCGUACCUUGAGCUGGAAUGUUCAGAGAGAGAUGGUUGCACACAAAAUUGAGACACAUAUCAAGUAAUUAGAAAAGAAAUUGACCAAUUAUCUUCGUAAUUAAUUGUGUUAGGGCACAUACUGCAAUUUACUAGCUGUAGCCGGUGAGUUUGCAAGGCGAAUCCACUUGAAAUUAAUCUCCAGGAUGACACUAGUUUCUAGAUAUUAUUUCCCAAAGUGUGGGACCAAAUACAUGGGUGUUCCAGUUACUUUUAUGCUUCAAUGCAUAAAUGAGCGUUUUGUUAAAACGUAAGUGGACCAACUGUGUAUUUUUACGUUGAGUUUGAUGGUGCACAUCUCCAAACUGGUGUCAUUCUGAAAAUUCGUUCCAAGUGCAUACGCCUUACAAUCUCACUCGCUACAAUUUGUAAAUUGCAAUAUGUGCCAUAAAGUAAUUAAUUACGAUGGCAAUUAUUGCACUUUGUGAAUAAGUUGAAUGUGUAUUUAAAUUUUUCGUGCCAGGGAGGUCCGCCUCUCAUUACAAUCCAGCUCAAGGAAUGGAAUUAUGUUAUUUGCAAAAAGUGAUUUAAAAAAAAAUUUCGUCAAGCUUACAAUUGAUCGCCUCCCCUUCGCCCCCCCCCCCCCGCCCCCAUAAGCCGCGAAUGCUACUGAAGAAAAAAAAUCAAAGCGACAGCGAAUUCGACAAGGUGACGGCAGAUAGAUUUCUCGUACGCGCUACGUAUGCCGAAACAAACACAUUCACGAACACACACAGGUUGAAUAGCUAAGGCUUUCACUUCCCACUUCUUGAAAAAAAAAUAUUCGGUGCAGCCUAUACACACUGACUGAUAACGCGAUAUUAUUCAGCCACUUUUUAAAAUAUCGCUUUGAGCACGCGUACAUUGUAGGCAUGGAUUCGUCGGGUGCUGUGUGUUAGGCGUGGAGUUCAGAUAUUACGAGGUCAGGCCUGCUCGCCAAGUGAGACAGAAAGGCUUGUUGACCCUAACAUGUUCCGCAUAGUGUAUUCGCCAUGUAUUACUUUGGAUGUGCGAAUGUACAGCAGAUGACAAAUCUUAAAGGCGGUGGUGUUUGUGACAAGAACGGGCAAACAGUUCUCGCUACGGCUGAUCGAACUACAAUAGGUUAAGGUAUCAUUGUUGAUUUGGAAAUUGACUCAGAGCUCGGUCCCUGAAGUAUACUCAAACGCUAAUGUCUGCUAACCAGCCGUGCAACUACCAACUUCGCUUGUACGUGGAAUACGUUGCCUAUAAUAAGCUACAGAAAAUGCCCUCUAAUUAGACACUUUGCUUUAAGAUUUGCCGAGCACAUAUUAUAUUUGGCUCCUGGCAUGCUAGGUCACGAACACAUAUUCGUUGUCGUGUGUUUUUGUUGAAUCGUCUUAAUUUUAUGAGUUAGUUUGGCAGAAUAAAUCUACACUACACAGGACAAAUAGUGCAAUGCAUGUCACACUCACAGAAAGAGCCUAGGAAGCAUGAAACUCCAGCAAUGUCCGAUAUCCGGCUGGUGUUUUUGCAAAAGUAGCAGAUGCGUUGAUUUAGGUGCACCUCUUUUACGAAAAACAAUACUAGAUUUAAACUCGGGGAGAUAUUUCUCUCUGAGUUUUAAUUUUAAUGCAACAGCAACAUGUUCUGUUCUUUGAGUCUGCCAGUCCAAAUAACUGCAGCGAAUGUGCUUUGUACAGCACGUUCAGGUGUAGCUGGACGCGAGAAACACAUUUACUCCUAUAAUAACGCUCAUCUAAGUGAUUACAAAACAUUGCACCUCGUUGCAGUGAGAUUUUGAAAUGUUACCGUCAAACCUCAACGCCUGUGAGUAACAGAAUAUCCAUGACUCGCCAAGUUUUGCCCGCUCUUGAGCGAGAAAGUUUGAGAAGGAAUGUACUGUUCGUGCCUGCGCUGCGCAUUUAUUGUUGCUGCGGCUGUGUUUUGUUUUGGUGCCAUUUAAGUGUCUAUGUGACGCGCUCUUGUACACAACUGCAACUUUAUCGCCGUCUUGCAAGCCGUGGCCAGUCGGUCAGCUUUCAGCUCGUUCGUGUACCUUUCACCGUUGUGCUGUGCAAAGCUGUUGUUGAUGUUGAGUUCCACACUUCUGUCAAGUUUAUGUGUGUCCUUGUCUGUACGCGCUUGUAGACGCUUGCUUUGUAGCUAGUUACAGACAUUUACCCCAGGGUGUGCUUGCACGAGGUUCGGUUCUUGCGGCUUCCACUGCUGAUGCCCAUGUACGUUGUUCAAGAGCUUUGCUGGGCUGUUCUGGAAGUCAUUAACUUCUUUUUUUAUUUUCGAACUAUUUCAGUGAAGUUCGCAUUCCGUAUGGGAGGUUCAGGCGACGGUACCGUGACGCCGCCAUGUUGAAAGUACUGUUUAUAUUCGGGCAUAUGACCAAGACUUGGUUAGCUAGCUGGUAAGGAUAGUAAACCAGUAUAUAAGGGUUGCGGAAAGAAACAGGUGGAAAGCUGUUCGAUGGAAGUUAAGCGACAGUGACGCAGAUCAAGAAUUCAGGGUGGAGUAAGGUGCGUACUUUAAUUUUUUUUACUGUGUGUAGUUUUUAAAACUUAUCAACUCUUCCAUUAUAUUCUGAAUCCGUAGACAUGCUGCCGGGUUAUAAAACAAUAAAGUUACAAGGCAACGAGGACAUUAAGGUCACCGAUAACGUUGCUGGUGUAGCCUGCUGUGUAGUAUAGUAAUACAACCUGCCUGCGUAGUUCUACAGGCAAAUGAGAAGUCUGCUACUAGAACACUUUAUUGCGCUGUAUAUUUGCAGCCAUGACUUUUUUGACUAGCUGUCACCAGCACACUGCGUAUACUGCGUGAGGACAAAUUUGCUGCAAACAGGAUUUGGGGUAGUAGAAAUUGUGCAAAAUGAAACGAAGAACUUUCGUUUUCUUUUAUUGCUUUUGAACAUGCAGGAUGUACAGAAUAUGAGCAGAUACUUAAAGGGGCAGAAUUUAGUAGCAUGAGACCACUCUCGGGAGCAAUAUAAACAUGAAUAUAUGACAAAACUGAUCAUGUGAAAAAAGACGAUAAUAAAAUAAUGUUGGUGAAGGGUAGGAACACAAUUCAACCUAGACUUUAAAUCGAAAGACACUUAUUAAAGACAAGUGUCGCACUUUGAAGAUAUUUUUAUCGCUGGCCUAUAAGAAAGGUCCAUGCAGCCUCCUGUAGUUUUACCGAGUGCCAGUGUUACAGAUAUAUCCCAACAGCAAAAUUGUGAGUGCGGGUAAUUGUGCUUCAUCUUAUGAGCCUGUGAGCUGAAUAUACUGACUUGAGGCAACCUUAAUAAUUCCAUAGCGUUGUGGUGUGCUCUGGCGUUACUCCACGAAACAAAUUACGCUAUUAGUUGAAAAGUAAACGACAGAACAGCAAAAUCAAACCGAGACAAGCCCUCCUUAGAGAAAAACGAAUAUCUCUAAAAGAAAGUUAUUUAGCCUGUAAAUAAACAUGCUAAAAUUUGAGUCGUCGCUACUAUUAGUCACUACAGACAAGUAACAGCUUAUGUCCAGGAAGCAUCUUUACUGUAAAAACACAGAUCGCGUGCCUUUUUUUGUGUAAAUAGAAAACAGUACCCAAAUAUAGCCCCGGCAAAAAUUGCUUACCAUUCUUGGUCACAACGAAGACUGUCGCGAAAGAACCAGAACAAUUGUGCGUUCCAAUAAAUACAGGGUCGAAACAUUAAAUGAGUAUAUCUGUGUGUGAAAGUUCUGUAACAUGACGAUAAAAGAAUGUUCAUGAAAGUCAUUAUGCCAAAACCAAUUUCAAUUAGAUCUAUUAAAUGAAGCGAAAAUCACUGAUUUACAUCCAAAUUACCCCAAGGAUAUCUAGCACUCUGGCUUUGUCUUUUUCAUGGCUUGAGUGAUGUGCAAAAGUAGAGGUUUGCCGCUACGAAACUUGCCUUGCCAUAUUUUUAAGCAAUGAACAUUCCUUCGUUUACUCAGCCUGCGCAUACAACGUUUUUCUCAAAACCUUUUAUUUUCGAGUGCAGAGCCGUUAAGCCGGUGCAAGCAUGUCCCGAUUCAUGUACACAGCCGGAGGAAGUGACACGAAUUUUUAUAUAUACCAGUUUGCGUGUACAGUUUCCAGUGCCAAUGAACCAUUGUGUUCUACGAUGACUGUCCGAGUGUAUACUCAAAGAAUGUCGUGAAACAUGAUUUUGUCCUAUUGUGCCUGAACAGUGUUAAACCGCGUUUUUAAGAGUGAACAAAGAGACGACGUGUAAAUAUCAGUCAAUAAAAUCUAUCCACUGCGUA